AUGACGUCGACUCUCGAGCAUGAGUCGAGCAAGGGCAAGAUGGGCGCCACGUGGCAGUUCAAGGAUCCAGCGACGUGGACGUGGUACCCGCCGGACUCCAAGCCGGCGCCCGUGCAUGAAAAGACGGCGCCCGUGCCUGCCUAUCCGCCGAUGGAGCAGCACAAGUGGAUCGCGCCACGCGCUCUGGCGCCCAUCUAUCUGCACCGCGUGCUCUUCGAGUUUGGCGUGCGCAUGCCGUGGUACGCUGCCUUCGUCUACUACAGCCUCGCCUUCCUGGCGUUCGGCGACAGCAUGUUCAAGAUGCUGCGUCGUAUGGGCAAGAAGUACGGCUUCUUCGACGGCGCCGUGCCGCGCGACGGCAUCCCGGACGUCUACACAAACAAGGUGGCGUGGAGUCUCGUCGGCGUGCUCUUCCUGCGGCCGCUCGUCGCGACGAUGUGGGUGUACGACGCCAACGCGCCGCCGGGCGUGUCGCUCUGGGCGCCGUUGCAGGUGUCGCUCUUCCUCGUGGUGCUCGACUAUUGGUUCUACAUCUACCAUCGCUCGAUGCACGAGUGCAAGCCGCUCUGGUUCAUCCAUCGCCUCCAUCACACGACCAAGCACCCCAACGCAAUGCUCGGAGCGUUCGCAGACAACAUACAAGAAUGGGGUGAUAUCCUGCUUAUCCCAGUGCUUACCUGGAUGGUCGUGCCGCUCGACUUCCACACGUGGUACCUCACCACGUGCUACCAAGCUUAUACCGAGGCCGCCGGACACUCGGGCAUCCGGCUCUACUGGCUCGUGCCCGCCACGAGCUGGCUGCGCAUCUUUGACGCCGAGCUGGCGAUGGAGGACCACGAUCUGCACCACCGGCUCGGCAACGGCCGGCGUUCCUUCAACUAUGGCAAGCAGACGCGUCUGUGGGACAAGAUCUUCGGCACGAGCCGCUCGCGCAUCGAGUCGUUCGAGGAGAACAUCGACUUUGUCAACGUUGCGCGGACGUGCUAG